CGAGCGGGCAGGUGGGACAAGGCAGGCAGGGCGAGCGGGGAAGGGUCGGAGAGAGCCGGAGGAAGGGGUUGCAUCCUGUCUGGCUCUCCCCCCCCCCACGCCCCCACACACACCCCUCCAUGGAGAAGCAGGGCGCAGGGAGGGGGGGCCUGCCAACCUCUCUGCAGCUCCCCCCCGGCUGAAUCGCGCCGGGUGCCCCCUUUGUUUCCCAAGCUGCUCGCUGGGAUUGGCUGCAGACCACCUACCCCCCCUCCCCACAACACACCCCUCUCCCCCCCCUCCUUUGCAGGGGGAUGCAACUGAUGGGGCUCAGCCCCCUCUGAGCGGGUCGAUCGCCCCCACCCACACCUCUUUUUUUUUUUAAUAAAUUAAAAUCUCCCACCCCCUCCCCUUCCUCCGCCUGGGAGCCGGCGGUAUUUGAACCCCUGGCGGCGCUCGCCUGGAAGGAAGGAAGGAAGGCAGGCGGGCAGGGGCUGCUUCACCGCGGUGGAAGCCAUGCAUUCCUGCAGAGUCUGAAGGCGAUCCAGAUUAAGGAUGGUCCAUCUAAUGCAAGAUGUUGGCUGCUGGUUCCUGCUUGCCUAUCUCCUCCCUCUCUCAGUUCUGGGUUCCCAGGAUCCUGGGAAAGUGAUCCAUAUCAACAAAGUCAGCCACCAGCCAGUGAGGGUCGGGCUGGCAGAACCGGUGUCCCUGCCUUGCCUGUUUCUCUUGCAAGGCUCCAUCGCCCCCAACCCUAGUGAACUGUCUGAUCCCCCCCGUAUCAAGUGGAGCAAAGUACAGUCUGCCACGGGACAGCCAGAAGAUCUCUCUGUGCUGGUAGCCAAGGAUAACGUGAUAAAGAUCUCCAAAAACUACGAGGGUAGAAUUGCCUUGCCCGGAUACCCCCACCACCGAGAAAAUGCCACCCUCUUGUUUCUGUCAGCUCGGGCUAGCGAUGCGGGACUUUAUCGAUGUGAGAUUGUCACUGGGAUUCAUGAUGAGCAAGACUUGGUCCCUCUGGAAGUCACAGGUGUGGUUUUUCACUACCGAGCGGCUAGCAACCGCUACGCUUUGACUUUCUCAGAGGCGCAGAAGGCCUGCGAAGAGAACUCGGCUGUGGUUGCUUCUCCUGCUCACCUUGAGGUGGCCUUUGAGGAUGGCUAUGACAACUGUGAUGCUGGAUGGCUCUCCGACCACACCGUUAGGUAUCCCAUCACCCUGUCAAGACCUGGUUGCUAUGGAGAUCGCAACAGCCUCCCAGGAGUCCGCAGCUAUGGCAAGAGAGAUGUCAGCGAAGCAUACGAUGUCUACUGCUACUCCAGAGAACUCCAAGGAAAAGUGUUUUAUGCAACCAGCCCCGGUCGGCUGACAUUUCAGAUGGCCCAGAAACAUUGCCUGAGUCGAGGGGCUCAUCUAGCAACUACGGGGCAGUUAUACCUCGCCUGGCAGGAAGGGCUGGACCAGUGUGACCCAGGGUGGCUGGCUGAUGGAAGUGUGCGCUAUCCAAUCCGAACCCCACGGAAGAAAUGUGGCGGAGAUGAACCUGGUGUAAGGACAACCUACCAAUUCUCAAACCGGACUGGCUUCCCGGAUCCGGCAUCCAAAUUCGAUGCUUACUGCUACAAAGGGCAUCAGUUGGCCAAGAUACCAGACUGGGCACCUUUUGUAGAAGAAACUGUCCAUCAGCCCAUGGACCAAUAUUCAGAGGGAAGCCACGAAUCAGGAAUGGAGAACAUCUUGGUGGAGCACGAUUCUGACCUGUCCUAUUUGAGCCAGAAUGAGCUAUUCCCCAGGGAAAACGAGGAAGCGAUCAUGUCAGCAGAUUCCAAAGAAUCAGCCAAGGAUCUUUACGGCCCCUUACACAAAGUGGCAGUGCCAUUACUGGAAGAAGACGAGCAGCUCCAGAUGGUAACGGCUUUCCCAGUUGGAAGAGAAAGCGUGGAAGAGAGGUCCAUGAUACCCAACAUCUCUUUUCUAAAUGGAGAAGUUCGAGGGGCUUCCACAGAACCCUCUGUAGAUGUUCUUCACGACGGCAAACUCUUCGCUGUAGUUGAUGAUGCUGAUAAGGUGAACGUCACUGAGGAGUCACUGAGUGUGGUUUCAAUGUUGGGCAAGAUGUCUUUGGAGGGAGACGCUGAAGAUGGCAUCUCACCAGAAGCAGUUCCUCAUCUGGUCACUCCGACCUGGUUGCAGGGAAACACGGAGGGUUUAUUCCCGCAGGAUACUGCUUCUCCACAACCAUCUCAAGUUCAAAUCCGAAAGGAGGAUCCAACAAUUCCUUUCCUAAUUCCUUCCCCCACUUCUCCAAAAGGCCACCUCGCUGCCACUGGGGCAACACCAGCUUUGGCUGGCAACCCUGAAUCGAAUCAGAGCCUUUACACGGGACUGAACGGGCAGUACUUCCAGGAACAAUGGAAAGACGAGCUGGCUGUCGAUGGGAACCCAGAGGGUAGCACCAUGCUACCCACUACGUUGACCGUCUUGGCCUUGGCAGGGCGCGAAAUGGUAGACAAUGCCAUUGAGACUUCAGCUGGUAUGGUCCCAAGCCCUGCCUCUCCUCUUGAGGGAGAUAUAAGCUACUCGCUGUCCAACGAAGUUGACGGAAACAGGUUACCGUUACUUGAGAAUCGAGGCGCCAAGGAAACCACAUUUUCUCCUGCAUCAACACCUCAUUCUUUGGAAAACGCAAGCACUGAAAGAACCAAGCAAGGAUAUUGGACCAUUUCUGGGCCAAGAAACCAGGAGAAGGACGUAUACAAUGAGUACGUUCCCAUAUCAUUGCCGGUCUCGGCUAAUGUUCUACUUGAUCUGCAGAAAAUUGCUGUGACUACAGGAUACGAUCCUGAAGUUGCUUCUGUGGGGACCAGCAUGCGAAGCGACUAUCUUCAAGGGAUGACCCAAGCUGGAGACCGUGAAGAUGACUUUUCUGGCCAUGGACAGGUGGUUACUCCAGCAGAAUCCCUUCUGUCCUCUGACCACCGGAGGAACAAGCCACACAUUGAUGAGUCAAGUGGAGAAUACGAUUACAGCUCCCGAGAAAGCCACGUCAAAACCAUGAGCUUUGGCGAAGAGCUUCCAGGACCUGUUUUUGAGGGCCACCAAAACUUUCCAGAGGAUGCCGAAGGAGAAACGGAGCCAGAAACUCUGCAUUUUGUUAACCAAGAGGAAACAAUGAGCCUCCUCAAUAUUGCGGGGAAAGACGCCGUCUUGAAACAGGGCAGCCAACGUUCAGAAGAAGCGUCUGAACUGAGGGGACAAGAAGCUGUGACACUCUCCCCAAAAGACAUCAUCACCCCAACACCAGGAAAUGUGUAUUUGCAGGAAGCUCAAUUCCUCCCUGAGAAAACUGAGGCAUGGUUGGUGGACCACGACAAUCAAGAUAGUAUGGAGACCACCAGAACAAACAAAGCAAUCCUGGGGCCUCCAGAUGGUUCCACUUUCACUGAAGUCCUAGAUCUUUCUGAGGCACAAGGUAGCUGGGAACAGGCUACUCAAAGCAGGGAGAGCCACCUUGAAUCCAGCACGAUCGAGCAAAGUCACCACGAAAGCUCGGAGGAAGACAAUGGUGACUACCAUUGGCCAGAUGGUGCCACUGCAGGACCUCCUGCUCACAAUCACACCGUCUUCUUUUCUUCUGCUCAAUCCCUUCCAGAUGAGGCCAAGGAUGGAGAGGAGACCACAGCCGUGAGUUUGCCUGAGGUGAGGACUCCAUUCAUACUCCACGGCACCUCAGAGUUUAUACACAUACCUCAGCCAGCUGCCUUUGACAACUCGCUUGUGGUUCCAAGCUCACUACCUUCCAUCUAUCCCACCGAGAGAGAGGUGGAAGCCAAGAUGGACCAGGAAGGGUACAUCCCCUCUGUCCCUGGAGACUUUCUCCCAAUGGAGAGCGACAGUGGGAGCGGAGAAGAGAAAGAAGAUGCACCAGCACUCAAAGGAAUCCCCCGUCUGGUGUGGGCCCAGGAGAUGAAUGACACCUUGCUUGCCGAAACUGACCCUUGCGAUAACGAUCCGUGUUUGCACGGGGGCACCUGCCAGUCGAGUGGAAACCUUUCCAGCUGCCACUGUCUGCCAGGAUUCACAGGCGAAAACUGUGAAAUAGAUAUCGAUGACUGCUUAUCCAACCCUUGUCAAAAUGGCGGGACCUGCAUUGACGAGAUCAACGCCUUUGUCUGCCUGUGCUUGCCCAGCUACGGAGGGAGCUUAUGCAGCCGAGACACAGAAGGCUGCGACCACAUGUGGCGUAAAUUCCAGGGUCACUGCUAUCGCUACUUCGCCCAUCGGCGCGCAUGGGAAGACGCGGAGAGGGAUUGCCGACGUCGGUCAGGACACCUAACCAGCAUCCAUUCCUGGGAAGAACAUAAUUUCAUUAGCAGUUUUGGCCACGAGAACACUUGGAUCGGCCUCAACGAUCGCAUCGUGGAACAGGAUUUCCAGUGGACGGAUAACACCGGAUUGCAAUACGAGAAUUGGCGUGAAAACCAGCCAGAUAAUUUCUUUGCCGGCGGCGAGGACUGCGUGGUGUUGGUAUCCCACGAGACUGGGAAAUGGAACGAUGUCCCAUGUAACUACAAACUUCCUUACGUCUGCAAAAAAGAUACAGUGCUGUGUGGGCCACCCCCUCUGGUGGAAAACGCUUCCCCCAUCGGAAAGAAGAAGGAGAGGUACAGCGUGCACUCGACCGUCCGAUACCAGUGCGCAGAAGGCUUCCUCCAAAGACAUAUGCCCACCAUCAAAUGUCACGUCAACGGCCUGUGGGAGAACCCCAAAGUCCUCUGCACAAAACCCAGACGGUCCCACAGAACCCGGCGGCACCAUCGUCACCACCGCCAACGCCGGCAGCACCACCAUCGCAAAUCCCGCAAGGACCGGAGGAAACACCAGAAGCAGCGUCCAAAGCUGGACUGGGCAGAGGAUGGCAGCAACUACUUUUAACCUCUGACCCCAAUGGAAGCACAAGCUUUGACCCCUCCCCCUUCCCGUAUCUCCAGCCCCUUCCUCCCCCAUCUUCCUCCCGACCAUCCAGGAUGUGACGGGGUUUCCAUGUGUGAUGGGAAUGGCUGAUCGCCUUUUCUUCCCCUCUCGUAUCUCUUCCCAGGGCCCACUGCAGGAUGGCACAGUUGCGUGCAGCGCAUACCCACUAGGCAUUUAUGCAGAUAUGUUGAAAACCUGGCACUUAAAAAAAAAAAAUUGAUUCCAGUCAGGUUGACAUGUUCCUCCCGCCUCACCCCCCCCCCACCCUAGCAAAAUUGGGGCGCAAAGCCCAGAUUUCUGAGAAUUAACUCUCAUUUUUAAAAGAGAAGUUGCAAAAGCUCGUCUUGGUUACAAAGAUCUUCUGGAAAAUGGGGGCUUAAGAGCGGUGGGAUUCACUUACAUUCCUUACCGGUUCGCAAAUGUGAGCGCACGUGCGCACAUGCCUCAUCUACACAUGCGUGUGGCCUUCUGCGCAUGAGCAGUAGGUGCACAUUAUGUCAGGGUGGGUAGGCGGAGUCUCCCACAGUCGCCGCUACCGGUUCGCCCAAUUUGGAGAAACCGGCUGAAUCCCACCACUGGGCCUUAAAAUUCAGAGGGGCAAUCAAAUUGCCCAGUGAUUGGAGGAGAGUUGACUGGUUCUGCUUUGGUCUUCUCAGCCUCCCCCCACCUCACCCUGAACCUCUCCCCCUUCCCCACAUUAGAACCUUCUAAAAAUUAACAAAAGAAGAACAAUGCUUUGCAAAUUUUUGCGUAAUUUUAGAAGAGAGAAAGGAAGACAUUUUUUCUCAGCACAAGAUUCAGGUAGCCUAUCUUGCCUCUGCCGAAGGUUUUGGUGUCCCACCAGGAUGGGCCUGAUCAGGUGAUGGGAAUUGUAGUGCGAACUACCUGGAGGCAGCUGAAUUGAGCAUAACUGGUUUAAGACAUUUUCUUUGCUGCCAGUUCUCUCUUGUUGCUACUACUUUAGCCAGCUUCUGAAAGGAUUUAUCCAAGGGGAAAGAGGGAGGCUGAUUCUAUUUGAUUGGCAUCUGUUCCAGGGAUGGAUGAUAUUUGUCAUUCCCACUUUUAAGGAAAUAGGUGCCCUGAGAUAUGGUUGGCUGGGGAAUUCUGGGAGUUGAAGUCCACAAGUCCUAAAGUUGCCAUGUUUGGAGACCCCUGGUAUGUGGGAAUGACCUUGGCAGACCGCAGGGAGAGCUACAGACUGGAUAACCAGGUUGUAAAAGAUGUCUCAGUCCACAGAAGGACAGAAACCUUGGGAAAUGGUUUCUGCAGCUCCCUCUCCCGUCUCCCAAAGCCAUUCUCACACACCAUCACAGGCUAGUUGCAUAAACCACCUAGGAGACUAAGUUCCUUAGGCUGCAAAUACUUCCAGGGAAACAGAGCUCUUCUUCAAACAUGAUCUGGGAUUCUCCAUGAACUAGGUCUCUUCCCCAGAAACCACCCACCCCCCAUUUUCUGAUCUCAUUUUUAUUCUAUUGCUUUUCUGAAGCAUCGUUAGGAUGGGGAAGGAACAUAGUACAUGUUUCUCAACCUUGGCAGCUUUAGGAUUCAUCGAUUUCAGCUUGGCUGGUUGCUGAGGAAUUCUGGGAAUUGAAGUCCAUACAUCUUAAAAUGGCCAAGGUUGACAAGCACUGCUCCAAGGUGUCAUGAAUUUCCCAUCAUGUCCCACAGCUCUGACAUAGCACAAUCUUGGGCUACUGGUGGAAGAUUAAAACAGAUGCUGCCCAGCCCAGCAGCUACAUUCACAUGCAUAACUGGCUUUAGGAAAUCUGAGCCUGGAGCAUGAUCUUAAAACAGGUCGUGAAGAUGUCAGAUUUAGCAAUGCUUUCCCACCUCUCCUCAAUUCUUCUUUUGCUCAAAUUUUGCAGAUAUUAGCAAUUCUGUAUUGUUCUUGUUCUUAGGACUAGGAUAUAUAGGUUGCAAAACUCAAGUAACCCACUAGAUGGCAGGAAGAUGCUUGGGUUUGCUGUUUGCUGCCAUCUGAUGGCCAUGAAUGAUGUGGCAACCCAUAUAAAUACUAAUCCUGGUUGUUUGCUUCUCUUCGCCCCCGUAAGCACAAGGCCCCCCUGUCAGCAAAGUCCCCUUAAUCUAAAUUUAUUUUUCAUUCAAACAUAAUUUAAAUUACCUGACUAAAACUCCCCAAGCAUUUAUUAAUGUCUCUUUUGGUCACGUUAAAAUAAUAAUAAUAAUAGUUUGUUAACAUUUGUCUGGGGCUGGAUGCAGCUUUGAAAGGCAAACUGAAUAUGCCCAGAAUAAACCAAUGGAAGGAAAGGAAUAUUUUCACCUUAAAUCAGAAAUGGGAAACUUUCAAUCCAGAGGAUUCAAUCUGCAGAGAAGUCUGUGAUCAAAGCCCUGGCUCUUUUUACAGGCAAUAAAAUGGAAGGAAGGGGCUCAAUAGCAUAAGUGUAGCCACCAUCUUGACUUUUUUGACCUUGGUGACACUGCUGAGUCAGGUCUCUAAAUCAAACAUGAAUCUUUUGAACCAAAAUAUCUAAUUUUUCUCUGUGUCACAGCCCACUUUCCUCGACAUCAGCCCUUUGAGGUAGACUAUAGGUAGUCCUCAUUUAACAACCACAAUUGGGCCCGGGAUUUUGUUCAUUGAGGUUGUUAAAUGGACUAACACGUGAUCUAACUUGAUUUUUACAACCAGUUUUUACAGUGGUUGUAAAGUGAGUCUCCAUAGUCAUUAAGCAAAUGAAGUAGUUGUUAAGCGAAUCCAGCAUAUCCAAUGCAUCUUUUUUGCUGGAAAAUGGCAAAAAAAAAAAAAGGAUAAAAAAUGUAAUCAUGCAGUGCAGGACAUUGUAAAAGGUUGUAAAUGCAAGCUGAUUGCCAAGUUCUCCAAAUGUCAGGCGUGACAACAACAAGGGUGCAAUAGUCAUAACUUUGAGAAUGGGUCAUAAGUAAUCCGUUGUAACAUUGAACAGUUGUUAAAUGAGGACUCCUUGUAGGUCAGGAACCAGAUGCCACAAGGCAUGCUAAAAUUCAACUCUGUUGUUAUAGGUUAUAAUAGAAGAUCUUGAUUCUCCUUCCCCUUGUUCUUUUUUUUUUUUUUUUGCCUCAUUAUACCUAUAAUUCCAUCCAUUUUUGCAUCUGGCUCUGUC